UCCGAGUUCAGCUGGCGCAGGUUGGUCGUGUAGAAAACGCGGUCGGCGUCGUCCCACACGAAGAAGUCCCCGCCCAGGCAGAAGAAUCACCAUGGCGUUGAAAGAGACCGCUGGUCUGUACGAGACACUGAAAACAGAGUGGAAUAAGAAAAACCCAAACCUGAGUAAAUGCGGGGACCUGCUGAGCAAACUCAAGGUGUCCUUAUUGGAGCUGAACUUUUUACCUACCAGUGGGUCCGCCCUGACCAAGCAGCAGCUCAUUUUAGCUCGUGAUGUCCUUGAAAUUGGAGCCUUGUGGAGCAUCCUCAAGAAGGACAUACCAUCCUUUGAGAGAUACAUGGCCCAGCUAAAAUGUUACUACUUCGACUACAAGGAGGAACUGCCUGAUGCUGCCUACAUGCACCAGUUACUUGGACUUAACCUGCUGUUCCUGCUCUCACAGAACCGCGUGUCUGAGUUUCACACAGAACUUGAGAGACUGAGUGCGCGGGACAUUCAGACCAACGUAUACAUCAGACACCCAGUAUCCCUAGAACAGUACUUGAUGGAGGGAAGCUACAACAAGGUAUUUCUUGCAAAAGGAAACAUACCUGCUGAAAGCUACACUUUUUUUAUAGAUAUUCUGCUCGACACCAUUCGUGAUGAAAUCGCAGGUUGCAUAGAGAAAGCAUAUGAGCAGAUCCAGUUCGGAGAAGCUACGCGUGUGCUUUUCUUCAGUUCUCCAAAAAAGAUGACUGAGUACGCCAAGAAGAGGGGCUGGAGUUUGAGCCAAGACGGCUAUUACUCUUUCACCAGUCAGCAGCAGCGGACAGAAGAGGUGACCAUUCCCUCUACAGAGCUGGCACAACAGGUCAUCGAAUAUGCACGACAGCUGGAAAUGAUUGUGUAAUCCGCCCCCAGGAACACUCUCAGCCAUGUACAGACACACUCAGAUACUCACGCUGCUGAUUCAGUACACAUCCUGUCAGUUCAAACACAAUUUCCCGGAGGAAUAUAAAUGCUAUGAUUGCCAGAGUGGUUGACAAUUUGCCCACAUCUUUCAAAUUAAUUACCAUUUAUUUUGCCUGGAUGCUCUAACGUGUCUGAAUGCGCUCCUCCUAUUUUAUUUAAAGGAUGAAAAAAAACUUAAAAGUAUCAUAAGAGAACAGUCUGUUCAGCAGCAGAGCUACCUUUAUGGAAGACAUUUACUGGUUUAUAGUCGUUACUUAAUUUGUCCAAGAUACCAAUGGUUCACCAUUAGACUGAUCUUUUUAUGGGUCACUCCCAGUUGGUGUCCUUAUGACCAUAUACUACGUCUACACUUUUGGGUCUCAACUGUUUUACAUGUUUAUCUCAAUCACCACCCCAUGACUUUGCCUUACAGUGUCACAAAAAAACUGUCAAUAGAACCCCCUUGUUUCCCCCCCAAAUUAAAUCAAACACUUUUUGUAUACAAAGUUCAUUUUUCUCUUAGCAGAGCUCACAGAAAUGUGUUGCCCUUGCCUUGUAUCCUAGCAACUGAGAGGAUUGCCAUUGAAGUUUGUGUUUUUUAAACGGUAAUGCCUCUUCCUCCCUAGAUGGUUUGUAAUCCAGUUGAUCUCACAAUUGAAUUCUUUGUCUGCAAUAAAUGAUUCCGAAAAGAAA